AUGAACCGAGUUCUCCCGCAGGGUUUGGUACUUCGGCGAUUGAUUAGCUUCGGUGAGCUUUUUGGAUUCAGAGGAAAGGAAACAAUGGGUAUAUUAUCGGCAUUAUCAGCAGCAGUGCGUGUGCGUGAAGAUGGUCUGGUCUUGUUCGUAACCAUCCUUGUUGGAUACCCACUGGCGGUAAUUCAUCGAUCGAUAUUUUAUAACAAGCCACCCAUUGUACAACAUGUUUACUUUGUGGUUGCUGGAUUGGCACUUUACCUAUUUAACUAUGGUGCUGCAACACUUCACAGCAUUUUAAGUAUAUUAUUAGCAUACUGGAUUAUCACGUAUUUUCCAGGCCAGGAUGUGUCGGUUAUAUUAGCACAUUUUGCAUUUUUGGGGCAUUUAUUAAUUGGCUACAGUUAUUCGGAAACUGAUAAUUAUGAUAUCAACUGGACAACGUCGUUUUGCAUAAUGACUUUACGUUUUAUUGGUCUUGUUAUGGAUGUUUAUGAUGGACAUAAACCAGCGAGUAAACUGGAAACGUAUCAGGUACAAACAGCAAUAAAAAAGCCUCCCGAUCUUUUAGAAAUUGCAGCUUUUGGGUAUUUUUUCUGUGGAACCUUUACUGGACCACUUUUUCCCCUUUCUCGGUUCCGAUCAUUUGUUGCUGGCGAAUAUCUUGAUAAUAAGAAAGAAGUACGUGUGUCAGGGUUUAUGCCCAGCCUGGGACGUUUUGUAGCUGCUUGUUUUUACGCUAUUAUAUAUCACUGGGGAGUCUUAUGGAUACCCAAUGAAUAUUUUAACUCUCCUCAAUUCUUUGUUAGUUUUUCGAUUAAUUCACCAUGCACUCUCAUUUCGAUGGAAAGUAAUUUGGAUCGUGAUUUGGUUCCGACUUACUAUGUGCCGAUAUAUUUCUGUUUGGCUUUUUACAGUAUUGCAUAUAACGGGAAAGAUUCAAGAGGUAACGACCGUUGGGAUGGCGUUCGUGAUGUUCAUAUAAUAAAAUGGGAAUUUGGUUUGGAUUUCCAAAGUGUUAUUGAAAGUUUCAAUGUCGGUACAAACACUUUUGCUAAAAAUCAUUUAUAUCGACGACUGCGGUGGUUAGGUAAUCGAAUCUAUAGCCAUUUAAUAACGCUUAUUUACCUCGCAAUUUGGCAUGGUUAUCAUCUUGGUUACUUCAUCCUUUUUUUUUUCGAAUUUGCAUGUAUCUUAGCACAAAAGCAGUUUUAUUUAUUGCUGAGUAAAUCAUCGAAGUUGUCGCACUACUUAGCACAGCCGUAUAUGCUGCCACUGAAAUUUAUUUUUGGACGUAUGGUUGUCAAUGUUUCGAUGGGUAUCGGUUUUCUAACAUUUGGUCUUAUCAAAACACGAUAUUGGAUAAGGGUCCGUUACAUUCUUUCAGUUCAUUUUUUGUGA